AAUUACAUGUAAACAUCAUAUAAACUUAACAAGCACUACGACUCGAAUAGUACUGGUUGGCUGUAUAUAGAAUAUAUUAUAUCUAUUGCACAUGUUCACAUGUUAAAUAUGGAGGUGUGAUGGAGUCGAAGAAUUCAAGAUUUUUAUGUUAGUGGAUAAUAUGUUAUAGGAGAUAUAGAGAUGGCCAACAAUAAAGUAAAUUAUAAUAAGACGAAAGGAAGAGAUGAGAAAAUUAGAGUAGCAAAAGGCUCUGCUUUUAAUAGUGAAGAUACAGAUGAGGCUGAUUGUUCUAUUCUUCGAAAACCAAUAAAGACUAGUGUGACUGGAUUUGCUCAAGCUAGAAAAAUAUUCGAUUUCGCAACUGAAGAACUAAAACAGUUAUUAUCAAAUGAAUGUGAUUUGUUAUAUGAAUGCAAAGUGUGCAGAAACAUAUUUCGCAGUUUGGUGAACCUUAUAUCACACAAAAGAAUUUAUUGCAAAGAAAAAUUUAAUGAUGUUAAACAUGGGCACUUUUUGAAUAAUACUUUAACCGCAAAUGAAGUUUCAAAAAUAAAGGCAUUAGAAAUAGCAUAUCAACAGUCAUUAAAGGAUAAUAUGAAAAUAGAAGAUAUUGAUAAUAAUGAACGAAUACCACUUACAAAAGACUUAUCAUCAGUUGUUGAGAAUAUUGUUACAUCCCGUGGUAUAAAAGAUAGUGACUUGGAGAGUCAACAAGUUGUUCUUCAAAAUAUACCUAAAACAUCAGUUGCUGUUUACCAAAAUGUUUUAUACAACUGUGAUAAAAAUGAUGAUAUGAAAACUCAGGUAAAAGAAAUUGAAUCAUUACUUACAAAGGAUUCAGCUGUUUUGCAAAAAGAUGGAACUUUUAAAGUUGAACAAAGUAAUUUUGAUCCAGAUAAUGUUAUACAAAUUAGUGAUGAAGAUGAUGCUAGUGGUGAUUUAGAACUGAAGUGCAAGAAGUGUGACCAAAAAUUUUCCACACAAAAAACUCUGAAAUCCCAUAUGAAGACAAAACAUGUAGAAACACGUCUGGUCUAUCCAUGUCCUGAUUGCUUAGAAAUAUUCUCUACAUCAUGGAGUGUUUAUCGACAUCUCUUUAAGAUUCACCGUAAAACUGCAGCGCAGAUUCGAAGAAUGCGGGAAUCGAUUCAGGCAAAGGCGUUCCGAAGAAAUAAUCCGCCAGCAUUUUACGAGAAGCGUAAGGGUAAUGCGAAAACUGGCCCUCCGCAGAAGAUAAGUGAGGAAGACAGGAUGGACCAAGAGAACCAGGCGUGGAUGGACAACAUGGAAGGCGAUGGAGAAUUGCCGCGAUGUGGUGGUUGUGGACGAACUUUUGAGCGGCGGGCAGCCUUGGUGGCACACACCAACACAUGUCAACCGAGAUCUAGAGCACUGGCCCGGCGACCACAAGAAACUAAGAAAAUCGAAAUACAAAUAAGAAAAGACUACAAUAAGGAGCCGACUUAUUUGACUUUGCAGGCAAAAUCCCAAGAUGACAUAUCAAAUGAAGGAAAGGAAAACACAAAUGAAGGAUCGCCAGCUAAAAAUCUACCCCAACAAGAAAAAAUUCAAAAAAGUCACGGAAGUACGUUGACUGAAGCUAUUAUGAGCAUAGUUGGUGUAAAUAGUAAAGACGAGGAUGAGAAUGAAAUGUCAGAAUAUAGGGACCAAAAUGCAUGUAUUGAAAAGUUGGAACCUCUAUAUAAACUACCUUACUCACACCAAGCCGAAAAAAGUAACUUUGACAUGUUAAAACAAAAGCUUCUGCAGGAUGCCGACAUACUUCAGCUCAUAUGUAAAAAAUGUGAUUGUAAAUUUCAAGAAAUCACUCAACUCUUCGAUCAUAUAGCGAUACAUUAUAAAUGGAUGCGAUAUGCGUGUAAACUUUGCAAUUUUAAACAUUACGAAUUUGAAAAAGUACCAGAGCACGUAAAAAUUGUACACAAACUGAAGGGUGACAAUGAUUUUUACUGUAGUACAGUUAAAGCAAUUAAUGGACUUGAAGCAACCGAACUUGUUGAAUCUAAUGAAGAUCAAAAUGACAUAAAUGAUACAAGCCCCAAUUCUAGACGACUAAGUAGAUGUUCCAGUGAUUCUAGCAAACUUUCUGAUGAUAGCUCUUCAAGCACUUCUCGUUUGGAUAAUGUUGGAUCGAGAAAAAGAAAGAUGAAUACAUUCCGAAAUACUUCAAAAAAGAAGAAGGAAAUUGAGUUCAAAAAUGAAGAAAAAGAUGGUGAUACUUCCGUUCAAAAAGAAAUUCCUCUUAGCGAGAUUGAGUCUUCAUCUAAUUCCCGUGGAUUUGAAGAAAACUCGUCAGACAUUGACGAUUCUGAUGAAAAAACUCCAAAAACGCCUGUCAAAGACUGUAAACCUAUCAAUACUAGGCCUGUUCGUAAGAGAACGAAGCCAGUGAAUAAUGACUUUUUAUAUGAUCUUUCUACUCUUCUGAAAAAAGAAGUUCAAAGUCAAAGAGAUUCACUAGUUAUGAAUAGUGUUAAAACUGCCGCCACUAAAAAGAAAUCCCAAGAUUUUCUUAAUAAUUUUAAAACAUUAAACAAAGAUUGUCUUGGAGCUUUGUAUACACUAUCAAAAAAGUCAUGUGAUUGUAGUAAAGCGCAUAUGAAAACAGAAUUUCCCCGAGCUUUAAAAUCAGAAAAAGAACAAAGAAUUUCUAAUAUAUUUGUUAGGCCUAUGUUGCCUAAAAUAACACGUUCAGAUAAAGUUUCGCCUGCCAAACUAGAUCCAGAAAAUAGGACUAAGAAAGACACAAUUCUCACGACUACUCAACCUGAGACUCAACCAACAGAUGACACAAAUGAAAAUCCGAAAACUAGUAAACCUUGUCAAUCUGAAAGUGAUCCAUCUGAUGACAAACCAGUACCUUUAAAACCUUGUGAUAAUACUGUUGAAAUACAUAUAAAAAACAAUACAUUAGAAUCAAAACAGGAAAAUUCUAGUAGUAGUAUAAAGAAAAAUGUCAGAUUACCCAUUGCAGUUCCGAUUAAAUUAAACAAAAGUCUAGAUCUAAUAAGGAAUCCGUUAAUCAAGAAAAAUAUUUCUGAUUUUGAUAAAGCUGGGAUGAAAACUAAAAUUGUUGUUAUUAAACAAAUUAAUAGAAAAGAUGGAACUAAGACUAUUAAUGCCCCAUUAACGCUGCAAACCAUAAAGUUGAAAAAAGAUCCUAAAUUACUAACAGCUAAUGAAGAAAAAUCUGAAAAAGUAGUUGUUGUGCAAGUUCCCAAAGUGGAUUGUGUCCUUCCACGCCCAGGAUUACCAAUUCAAAAUAACGAAAAUGACAAUUUAUCGGAUAAAGUUAUUCCUACAGUUUUCAACAGUCAAAUCAUCAGAACUUCACCUGACACUGAGAAAAUCUGUGAAAAUCAUGAACUGCACAAAAGUAAUAUAGAUCAGAUAAAUGAAAGCAGCACAGAUGUAAAUGAUACAAAGUUACCUCUAGAAGAAGUAUGUGUAAAUGAAGAAACUGUAUCAUCUAAUACCGAAAAUUUGGUCACACCUAAUGUAGAUAUUACCUCAGACCAGAACAGUGUAUAAUUAAUACUUCAAAUCUUGACUAUAGACAUUAUUUUGUCGUAAGUCUAUAGCUAUAUUAUAAUAUAGUAUGUGUAUAUAAAAAAUUGUGCUCUACCAUUAAUUAACAAUAAAAUGUUAAGUCAUUUCA